AAUAAUAAUAAUAAUAAUAAUCAAAGCAGAAGAACAAGGAUUCAACAUAUCGAAAGACCAUCGACGACGCAGGAUAUUAGGCCAAGAGCCAAAACUCCUGUGAAAAGAAGCUUAAAUCAUCAACAAUCGACUGUUGGACUUCGUUCAAAAAGUAGUUUAGGUGAUUUAAGAAUGGAUAGAGUCAUGUCUCCUUCAGUAAGGACGCGAUCUGUCACUCCUUCAUUAAUACCAAGGCCAAAGACACCAAAGGAGAUGUCAAGAGCUACCUCUCCCAUGAUACCCCAGCCCAAACCGACCGUAAAGACGAUCAAAUUACCACCUGUACCUCCAUUGCCCAAAUAUGUUACUGAUAAUCCCUCUGUCAUUCGAAGAAAACAAUCCAUGCCUGUUCUUCGCCAUAAAACAUCUAAUAUUGAAAUAUCUGUACAUGAAGACUGUACGUACCAUCCUGAUCCAAAAGACCCUCUUGAUGUCGAAGUAGCGCAAAUCAUGAAUGCGAGUCCCAUCACGAUUCGAUGUCAACGAGCAGAACCAGGAAAGUACUACUUUGGAAAUGAACUCAGUUUAUCUUCUAUGGGCGGUAAAAAGCUGUAUACUUGUAAAUUGAUGACAUACACCAAUAGAAAAGGCGGUCAAUUCAAGAAUAAUAAAGUUCUCAUACGCGUGGGCGGUGGCUGGCAAGAUCUAGAAUUCUUCUUGUUGGAGCAUAGUUCAUUAAUGGCAACAGAUGUCGUCGUGCGUUCUUAUGCUGGAAACCAGCAGCAUCAGUCUGUGUCUGAUACAAGUUCACGCUCAAAGGGCUGGAAGAAUUAAAUACUUUGUACAAUAAAUACAUGUUUGUUUGCAUAUUCUUAAAGGGACAAUGCUUAAAACUCAGUGCAUGAGAGCACACAAUUUGUGUAAUUAAGGAGAAUCAAGUGCGGCU